AAUCGAACCUCAGCUAACUUGGUGAAAAAGUAGUUAGCUAACAAAAAUGGAAUAUAGAACAUUAAUUUUUUGGCUUUGCUCUAUUUAUUUAAUCGUUUCACCCACACUAGCUGAUAAAGUUUGUCGGGUAGUAUGUAAAACUACAGAAGGGACAACACCAAAAGGUUCUCUAACCAGUUUAACGACACAAAAUAGUAAUAGUGAAACCACAACAGCGUCACCUGGAGAUUCAACAACUCCUGGAGGAGGUUCUACACCUGAAAAUAACGAAUCUACAACAUCUGAGAAUAGUUCUCCUAUUGAAAGCACAGUACCCGAAACUUCUCCGGUAACCUCUGCCGAAAGUAGUCCAACGACAACUGAAGAAAAUGUUUCAACAACAUCUGAAAAUAAUAAUGAAUCUACAACCCAUGAAGUUGAGAAUACCUCUACAACUACUGAGGAGGCACAUGAUAGUACAAGCACUGAAAAUUUAACUGAUUCGACAACUGGUGUACCUGAAAGUCCCACAACUUCCGAAAGUAAUGGUUCAACACCAUCGGUUGAUAAUACUAGUUCCACCCAAUCAGAAACAACUCCAGAGAUUACUUCUACCACAGAAAAUUCAACUCCAGGUACUUACUCUGCCUGUCCAUGUCAUUGUAUCGGAAGCAAUGGUCAAGUUUAUACAGGAGGUCAAAAAGAAGCUGCUCGACUGCACAAGAACAAAUAUAUUGCUGACAGUAACAGACAUCAUGGUGGUCACCACGGGCAUUACAAAUCAUUACGUCACGGCAACCAUAAUCACAAAGCUGAAGUUAAACAUCAUGAAAGCCAUCACCAGAAGCACGCUGAAGAAAAACACCAUGAGAGGCAUCACCAGAAACACGCUGAGGGUAAGCACCAUGAAAGCCAUCACCAAAAACAGGCUGAAGUAAAACACCACGACAGCCAUCAUAAACAUGCUGAGGUUAAGCAUCAUGAAGGCCAUAAAAUCCAUCACCAAGAAAAAAGUCAUCACCAAAAACACGCUCAUGAAAAACAUCAUGAAACACAUGGCUUUAAAGAGAAGUCUCACCAUCAACAACACCACUUGAAGGAAAAAGAACACCACGCACAUCAAGAGAGACAACAUACAUAAACAUUAGUCAAAGUGAUAUAUUUAUAUACGCAAUAACAUAUAUUUUAAUUAUUAAUAUAAAAUAAACGAUGCAUAUUAUUUAGU